AUGCCUGCCCCCAGAAAAUUUCUGGUGGCGUCCACCUCGCUGCCCCUGCCACUUGGUUGGGGCUGGAACUUGAGCUUGUAUGUGGGGAUGCUCCUCGGGCUCCUCAUACUCAUGAUGCUUCUUCUCUGGAUGCUCUUCAAGCAGCUCAGGAACUCGGUGGCGAAAUCCGUGCUGCAGCCUACGCACAGAGGCAGCGUGAGACCGUUCGUCAACUUCAACGCCAAACACGAUGCAGAGACCCUCCAUAAGGCCAUGAAAGGAUUCGGUACGGAUGAAGACGUCAUCCUCAUGCUCCUGGCGGCACGCAGCAACGAUCAACGCCAGCAAAUUAAGGCAGCGUACAAGAAGGCCUACGGAAAGGACUUGGUCAGCGUGCUGAAAUCGGAGCUCGGCGGGCUGUUGGAGAGUCUGAUUGUGGCCUUGAUGACCCCACCUACAUCAUACGAUGCUUCUCAACUGCACAUGGCUCUCAAGGGCGUCGGGACCGAUGACGAAGUGCUGAUUGAGAUCCUCGCCUCCAGGACUGGCGAACAGAUUAAAGAAAUCAUCAAAGUGUACAAGAAAGAGUUCGGAGGCAAGCUGGAGAAAGAUGUCUGCGGUGACACCUCAGGGCACUAUCAGAAGCUGCUGGUGAUCCUGCUCCAGGGCAGCAGGGAGGAGGGAGUAGAUGAGGGCAAGAUUGAGAAGGACGCUAAGGACUUGUAUGCUGCUGGUGAGGGCAAGUUUGGCACAGACGAGGAAAAAUUCAUCACAAUUCUUGGCAACAGGAGCGCAGAGCAUCUCAGAGCAGUGUUCGACGCCUACAGGAAGCUCUCUGGCUCUGAUAUAGAGGACAGCAUUAAAGGAGAGACCACUGGGAAUUUGGAGAACCUGCUGCUGGCUGUUGUGAAAUGUGCCAAGAGUGUCCCAGAAUAUUUUGCUGAAGGCCUGUAUAAAUCUAUGAGGCGAGCUGGAACUGAUGACGACACCCUGAUGAGGAUAAUGGUGUCGCGGAGCGAGGUGGACAUGUUGGACAUCAGAGCCAGCUUCAAAAAGAUGUAUGGCGCGUCUCUGUACAGCACCAUCCAGGAGGACACAAGUGGAGACUACCAGAAGGCUUUGCUCUACCUCUGCGGCGGGAAUGACUAA